ACGUAACAGCCUCAGCGACCUGACGCGAGGGAGCGACUCGUGCUGCUAUUGGCUGACGCUCAGAGUGGGCGGGGUGUAGUCAGGUGACGCGAGGGAGAGACCUGCGCUGCUAUUGGCUGAUAUGCGCAGGGGGCGGGGUUUGAGCAGCCCGUGUCGGAAGCUGUGAUCUCCCGCAGUCUCUCUGAGCUAUGAGCGCUGGUGAUGCGGCGGAGCGUCUGAUUCUCAGCAGCAGCGACGCACACAGAUGCGGAGACGAGAGAGACUCUCCCUGCGCUGUUUCUGGCUGUUCUGCGCGGAUGUCCCGUGAAGCCGAGUGAUCGUCAGCAGAAUGAGCUCUUCUCCCGUCGUCUCACGCGUGUCCGUCGACAUCCUGGAGGAACUGCAGCGCUUCGCAGCUCAAAACCUGGAGAAGCUCGAGCUCAACAAAUACUAUGAAGUCAUACGGGAGCUCGGGAAGGGCACCUACGGCAAGGUGGACCUCGUCAGCCACAAGAUCAGAGGUAACAAGAUGGCUCUGAAGUUUCUAAAGAAGAAAACAACCAAGCUGAAGAGCUUCUUGAGAGAGUACAGCAUCUCGCUCUAUCUUUCUCCAUGUCCCUUCAUCAUCAACAUGUUCGGCAUUGCGUUUGAAACAGAGGAGUGCUAUGUUUUUGCGCAGGAAUAUGCACCAUCUGGAGACCUGUUCGAUAUCAUUCCACCACAGGUGAUGCACACGAGUACAGAAACUCACCCUCGUGUUGUUACAUACCUGCGUGCCGCUGGUCACAACGCCAAUCGAGAUCUGCGUAAUGGACAAAUUCGCAAUUGUUGA